AUGAAGUACGGUGCUAAAGAAACGAGAAGGCAAAACAAAGUCAGAACUGGUGUAAUUAAUCUCAAAUGUGGCCCGAAUCCAGUUGUUGGCCUGUAUAUCCCUGAUGCUACCAAUGCUGUAUAUGAUGUUUUGAAACACAUGUCACAGUUACAUGCAUCAAAGAAGAAACGUUAUGCCGGAGAGGAAGCAGAGAUACUUGGCAACAUAACAGCUAAUUUGAUAACAAAAGAGACACUAAAGGAAAAGCUUGCUGAGCAUGUUGAAAAGGUGGACUAUGAAAUGGCAUUGGAAUAUGCUACACAAAGUGGAGUGACCGAUGAACCUAGAGAAGAUGUAUUUAUCCAAACCCUUGAGCCUGACAAUAAGUUCGUCGAGUUCCAAAGUCCGGUCUUUGUUUUCAGACUUGUAUGUCAGUAA